UAUAGGACAGCAUCUUUAAUAUAAUUCUAGAAGAGUUUAAAGACUAUACUGAAGUCACUGUACCACAAGAUGUCCCUGUUGUGUUGGGAAGCGAAAAGAUUCAUUUCAAUUCCUCAGGAAUAAUUUCUAGCGAGACGCUUUAUGCGCAUUGUAAAAGCUCAUUGACUUCGAUACUAUUUACAUCCACCCUCCUCCAAAAAAACCCAAAAACAAAAACAAAAAACAAAGCUGAAAAGCAAAUAAGUCCGUUAGCAUACCCCACCACAGCCUGUGCGGGGCGGCGCGCCACAGGGCACAGUGUGGCAGCCCAUGGAAAAGCCGCGUGCCUUCCACGAGCGUGCGCGCGCCCGUUUCCUUAGGGAAAGCCGACACUGCUGGCUAACUUCGGCGGUUGGACAGUCCGUGAAAUAAAGACCUGUGUCGCACUUUUCAGGCUGUUUCUUGGUUAUGAUUCUCGUCCGCCGCCUUAACCCGAGCGUACUUUUGGGGGGAGAAGUAGCAAUAGACGCGUAUUGAUCCCGUCCGGAUGUGUGAGGCGACUGUUUGUCCGUUUACGCCGAGACUCGGAACAAAGUUAGCCGACUAGCUAGCUCGCUCGAGCGAAGCGAGGGGACUCUCGGGGGGUCUCGGAGGCUCUCGGCGGCGUCGCUAUCGACACGGUCUUCGUAGCAUGUUGCCCUCGGGGAGGUCACUCGAACUUCGGAUGAGGUUACGCUGAACGGUUUGAGGGAAGUGUUAAAGUGCGAUGCUCGGGUCGGGAGGCUGCCCGUCGGCGUCCCGGGCUUGGCCGUGGAGGCUGGGGGGUUUCUUCUGGCUGCUGCUUCUCGACGGGGCCCUCUGCCUCGCCUACUCCAGCGGCGUAGGCGACAACACCCGUCCCAGUGUCAACGUUUACAUGAGCGAGGAUGAGGUGAAGAAACUUCUGGGUCUGGACGCCGAGCUGUACUACAUACGGGACGACGUGGUGAAUCGUCACGCCCUCUCCUUCAUCAUGCCCGUGCCCAGCGAGACCAACAGCCUGCACUUCGCUUGGCAAUCCAAGAGCAGGGUGGAGUACAGGCUAGGCUUCCAGGUGGAGAACCCCACCACCAUGGAUCAGCCUCAGAGCAACAUCUCCGCCCAGGGGGAGGUGCCACGCACACGCUCGGUUUUCAGAGUGGACCUCUUCUGUUCUGGGAAGGUGGACGGUGAGGCUAUACUGACAGUGCAGCUGAAUCUGACUAUUCAUGCCAACAACUUCACAGUGCUCAACUUUAAGCGCAGGAAAAUGUGCUACAGAAGAACCGAGCAGCUGGACCCUCACAAGAUCCCGCCCUUCCCCAACAGGACCAGGCCAGACUUAGACAGUGUAAAUGCCCCUGCCACAUCCACACGAGUGUUCUAUAUCAGCGUGGGUGUGUGUUGCGCUGUGAUCUUCCUCGUGGCCAUCAUCCUCGCCGUGCUACACCUGCACAGCAUGAAGACAGUGGAGGCUGAUGACAGCGCGAGUGAGAGUGGCAGCUCCCAGGGCCUAUCCCAGCCCUCCACUCAGACCACGCAGUACCUGAGAGCGGACACCCCCAACAACGCCACGCCCAUCACCAACGUUCACGCUGGCUCUGCCACCAUGUUGCAGCUCUCCGGCGCCCCCACCCACGAAAGCAAAAGCUAUCCCUCACUGCGGAUAGAGAAGAAUGAUUUGAGGAGUGUCACCCUGCUCGAAGCCAAAGCAAAAGUGAAAGACAUCGCCAUCUCCAGAGAGAGAGUAACGCUCAGUGACGUCCUGCACGAAGGGACAUUCGGACGAAUAUUCCAUGGUGUCCUGCUGGAUGACAAGGACCCGAACAAAGAGAAACAAGUGUUUGUGAAAACUGUUAAAGAGCAUGCAUCGGAGGUGCAGGUGACGAUGAUGCUGACAGAAAGCUGUAAGCUCCGAGGCCUUCAUCACAGGAACCUGUUGCCUAUCAGUCAUGUGUGCACCGAGGACGGCGAGAAACCCAUGGUACUGCUGCCCUACAUGAACUGGGGCAACCUGAAGCUCUUCCUACGGCAAUGCAAGCUGGCCGAGGCCAACAACCCUCAGGCUAUAUCCCAGCAGGAUCUUGUACACAUGGCCAUCCAGAUCGCGUGUGGCAUGAGCUACCUAGCCCGGAGAGAGGUCAUCCACAAAGACCUGGCCGCCAGGAACUGUGUCAUUGAUGACGGCAUGCAGGUGAAAAUCACGGACAACGCGCUGGCCCGAGACCUCUUCCCCAUGGACUACCACUGCCUGGGGGACAAUGAGAACAGGCCCGUGCGCUGGAUGGCCCUGGAGAGCCUGCUCAACAAUGACUUCUCCAGCGCCAGUGACGUGUGGGCUUUUGGAGUGACUCUCUGGGAGCUGAUGACGCUGGGACAGACUCCCUACGUGGACAUCGACCCCUUCGAGAUGGCUGCCUACCUGAAGGACGGCUACAGAAUAGCACAGCCCAUCAACUGCCCAGACGAGCUGUUUGCCGUGAUGGCUUGUUGCUGGGCCCUGGAUCCAGAGGAGAGGCCAAAGUUCCAGCAGCUUGUCCAGUGCCUCACAGAAUUUCAUGCAGCUUUGGGGGCCUAUGUCUAAACUCAAGUCUCAGGCUUCACUCUAGGCCUGACAGUCAUUGAUGAGCACUAUCCCAGAAAAUAAAAUUAGAAAACAGUGCCUUACUAAAAGAAAAAAAAUGAUAAGAAAAAUGUUUUAAUCCUGUUGAUUUAUCUUCAAAAAAAAAAAAAAGAAAAAAACACUUGGUCACUGCUACUUCGGGACUCUCUGCGUUUUGACAUGGGAGAAUGGGAGAAUCUCUUCCUUGUGUCAUCUUUUUCCACCUUCUUCUCGGCGUGGAAUGGCAGACAUUCUCGCAUUUUCACCGUUGAAGAGCAUUAUAAAAGUCCGCACUACAACGCGCGCGCGUGCACACACUUCUACAGAAUGCUGACGUAAAUGUGUUCAUAGGAAGCUACUGUUCUUUUUUUAGGUAACCUUUUUCAGUUGAAGACACUGUUCAACUGCUGGAUAUUUUCUUAAAGCUUGUAUCGCAGUUAGUCUCAGUCUGAUUUUUUUUCAGACAUUUCAUGCUUAGAAAAUGGUUCGUGCCUGUUUUUAAACCCGUGAGUGAGAGGAACUGUCUUCCCUGCGUUUAAUCUGAAACAAAAUUAUGAAAUUGGGAAUGCAGUUUGGAUAGGGAUUGGUUUUUUGUGUGACGGAGAGAACCCACCAUGGCAGACCUUUCAUCAAUACUCGUUAAAGACAUUUUCCAGAAUAAGUUUUCUUCCACUGGGCUCAGGUACAGCUUUGCCAUUGGUCACUGUAGGCCAUCAGAUAGUUUCCCCAACUCCUGACUUUUCUUUGGAGGAGUGGAUUCACAGAAAUGUACUAGAAUCUUCUAACCAGUGUUAAACUGGCUCGUGGUACAUCUACAGAUGAGAGAGAUCCGUUUUGUUCAAUGGUUUUAGUUUUUUUUUCUUUCAAGGAUUUGAAUUGUGAUUGAUGAGCAAAUAAAUUAAAAUUCCAGUAAUAGGAAAAUUCCUUACAGGGUUAUUACUAUCCUUUUGAUGUGUGACUGUUCUGUGUCAGAACAAAGUCGUCCUUGUGUUGUUUGAGAAUAUUUUGUAUAAAUGCAAAAAGAAACACCAGUCACUGUGAAUAACUGAAGUGUACGGCCGUUGUAGCCACCAUGUUCUAGUCUUGUUGAUUUGUUUUGAUUUGUUUUCUAGCAUUUAUAGGCUCUGCUCCAUGUGCUUUCGUGAUCACCGCAUGUUGAUUUGAAAAGGUAUCAUGUAAACUGUUUCCUCGAUUCAUACCUACCAAUUAAAAGAGAACCUAAAAUUAAACAGGUUCUGAAUGUGGAA